AUGAAAUUGGAAGGGUUCGAGCCUAAUGAUUUCACAUGGAACGCAAUGAUAGCAGGGCAUGCUAGGAGUGGGAAUUAUAAUGGCGCGGUUGAGUAUUUUUCUAUGAUGAGUGAAGAAGGAUUAGUUCCAGAUUUGGUUAUUUGGAAUGCGAUUAUUUCGGGUUUUGUUCAAGGUGGAAGGGCUCAGGAAGCUAUGGAGUUGUUCCAUGAUAUGUUAAUAGCUGGGAUUAAGCCUAAUCAGGUGACAGUAACGGGGCUUCUCCCUGCGUGCGGGAUGAUUUGUUCAAUAGCUUGUGUCCAUGGUGGUCUAGACAAGAAAGGCAUGGAAAUUUUCUUGACCAUGUGGGACUCGUACAGUGUUGAAGCAAAUAAAGAGCAUUAUGCUUGUGUCGUUGAUCUCCUUUGCCGGUGUGGUAGGAUAGAGGAGGCUUAUGAUGUUGUUGAACAAAUGCCACUGGAAGUAACAGAGUCAGUGGUUGGGGCUUUCUUCAACGGUUGCAAGAUCCACGAAAGGAGAGAUCUUGCAGAAAAGAUGGCUAAAUAUUUGUCGGUGGACCUGAAAAAACCCGGAGAUUUUGUAACAAUAUCGCAUAUAUAUGCUUCCAAAGGAGACUGGGGAGAGGUUCAGAAUGUGAGGAAGGUGAUGAAGGAUAAGAGAGUUUAUAAGAAGCCUGGCUCCAGUUGGUUUUCGAUUGAAUCUUCCUUCAGUAGAAAGUUUUUGUCACUUUUCGCCUCUCCUCGACAUGCCACCCAAAGGAUUACAGAGACGAAGGGGACUGAAGGUGGCGGGAGGAACGACGUGAGGAUUGAAAUGGGUGAACAUGAUGUACAAGCACUUGAUCUUCAAAAUGUGCCCAUACUUUACCAAAAAACUCAAAUGUUAUUCGUUAUCUCAUGGUUUCUUGAAAUAUUCGUUGCUUACGUGAUUUAUCUGGGGUUUAAGAAUAUGGGCCGGGGUAGAGCGAAGGGGAAGAAACUAUCUGUAACUAACCAGGAUGAUCCUGGGAGCGGUGAGGAAGAGAAAAUUCCGGCACAGAAGAGAAGGGGAAGGCCACAGAAAUCACUCAAAGACGAGAUGGACGAGGACAAAACACAGAAAAUAGGAAAUGAAGAUAGUGAGGACACAACUGGUGUACUGAACAAAGAAAUGAGAGGUUCAAAUGCGGCACAGAAUGGGAAUAAAAGAAUAAGGAACGGCCAAUCGAAGGAGAAAGCUGAUUCAGUUGAAGAUGAUGAUGAAAAUGGGACUAGAUCAAGCACCGAGGACUCGAACAAAUCAAAUGGCUUUCGUCAAGCUCGUAAUAGGCGAAAAAAUAAACCCUGUCGAGCUGCUGAAGUAGGUGUGGAUUCGAUCAUGUUUUAG